GCGGACAUUUAACUUGCACUAGCACCACCAUUCAAGCUACAGCUGGUCAGGAGGUAACCAAUGAGCUAAUAUCACUGCACGGCGGGGAGGGCGGGGUCUAGCGGCAGCAUCACCUCCUCUCCACCACAGCCUCUUCGCUCGGGUGCUGCUGAUGCUGAGGUGCUACCGGAUGCGAUGGACACGGUGUUACACACAUUAGAACUUCAUACAUGAUGUACAUCGAUUACCAGCCAGGGCGUCUACUAAGAUAAUGAGGAAGAGGAGAAACUGGAAUUCUUUCAAGAGCCUCGGAACGAUUCUGUGAAGUCUCAAUGAAAGCGGCGGUGGUACUUCACUAGUCUUCCAGGACAUGGCUAAGAAAACGCGUGCAAAGGGCGAGAAGCCUGAAGCGCUUAUCUCUGCCCUACAGGCGGCCAAUGAGGACCUCAGAUCCAAGCUUACUGACAUUCAGAUAGAGCUCCACCAGGAAAAAUGCAAGGUGACCAAGCUGGAGCGGGACAAGGUGCAGGAGGUGAAGCGGGUGCGGGAGCAGGAGCAGCACCGCCACACGGCCACGCUGACAGAGCAGCGGGCCAAGUGGCACGAGGAGAAGCAGAAGGAGGUGCAGGCGCUGCGGGAGGCCCUGACGCGGCAGCACGAGCAGGAGCUGGCGCGCCACGCCAAGAUCAAGGACCAGGAGAGCCAGCGGCUGAAGGCUGCACUCAACGCCAUGCGCGACGGCAGCGGCGAGAAGGUGCGCACAGCCCUGACCCUGGAGGCCAAGGAGGACGCGCGGCGCUUCUUCGACCAGGAGCGGGUGAAGCUGCUGCAGGAGAUCGUGGAGCUCAAGUCCACCAAGAAGCAGACGGACGAGGCCCUGAGCAACAUGAUCCAGUCGGACAAGAUGAAGGCGGGCGACCUGCGCGUGGAGCACCAGCAGCACCAGGAGCAGAUCUCCAAGAUCAAGUGGGACUGUGAGAAGGACGUCCGCAGGCUGGUGGAUGAAAUCAAGUCCAAAGACCGCUCCAUCUUCUCCCUGGAGAAGGAGCUGGAGUCGACGUCAGGCUACCUGCAGAAGCUGCAGCUACAGAAGGACGCUCUGGACGAGCAGCUGUUCCUGGCCAAAGAGGCCGAGUGCGGCCUGGGCAGCCCCAAGCGAGAGAUCCCUGGCAGGGCGGGCGACGGGGCGGAGCACUGCGGCAGUCCAGACAUGAGGAGAAACCAGCGUCGAACGGCUGAACUCAACUCAACGAUACGCAAGCUGGAAGACCGCAACUCACUCCUAGUGGAUGAGAGGAAUGAGUUGCUGAAGCGAGUGCGAGAAUCAGAAAAACAGUGCAAGCCGCUGCUGGACAAGAACAAGCUGCUGAACAAAAGGAACGACGACCUGACCCAAACCAUACAGAAACUAGAAGAUAAGGCCAAGAGCCUGGCCAAAGAGAACCUGGACAUGAAGGAGAGGAUGAGCUCCCACGCUCCGCUGAAGAAGCUCAAGUCUCUGAAUGACCUGGACCAGGCUCACGACGAGCAGGAGCUGGCCUUCCUCAAGCUGCAGGUCCUGGAGCAGCAGACCAUGGUGGACGAGCUCACCAGAGAUAGAGAAAAACUUCUGAGGAAGAAGAGGCAUAAAAGAAGUUCCAGGCCAAUAAAGAGGCACAUCGUGGUGGACACAUUCUUCGGCUAUGACGAGGAGUCCAUGGACUCUGAGACCUCCUCCGUGGCCUCUUUUAGGAUGGAACGGACCCCUGCUACCCCUGAUGAAGACAUGCACCAGGGUUUGGCCAAUGAGGAGUCGGAGCUGCGGUUUCGCCAGCUGACCAGGGAGUACCAGGCGUUACAGCGAGCCUAUGCGCUGCUGCAGGAACAGAAAGGAGGCUUACUGGAUGCAGAGAUGGAGGCCAAGGCCCAAGAUCAGCUCCAGGCGGACACUCUGCGCUACAAGGCCAAGAUAGAGGACCUAGAGAACGAGCUGAACCUCAAAGGGCAGGACUCGAAAUGGGUGGAAGAAAAGCAGCUGUUCCUGCGUCGGAACCAGGAGCUUCUGGAUCAGAUGGAGAGGACAGAGAGUGAUUCCAGCCGGCUUCAGCAGGAGCUUCAAGACUCCAAGGAUCAGAACGAACUCUUGGAGUUCAGGAUACUGGAGCUGGAGGAGCGUGAAAGGCACUCCCCUCCCUUCAACCAUCUGCGGCUGCAUCCCUUCUCUGAAGGUGUCAGCGCGCUGCAGAUCUACUGCAUGAAGGAAGGAGUAAAGGACGUGUGCAUACCUGAUCUCAUCAAACUGCUCGAUAUUCUCGGAGACAACGGAAAUCUACGUAAUGAAGAGCAGGUGGCCAUUAUUCAGGCUAGCACUGUGUUGUCUCUCGCGGAGAAGUGGAUCCAGCAGAUCGAAGGGACAGAAGCGGCACUGCACCAGAAGAUGAUAGACUUGGAGAUAGAGAUGGAAAUGUUCUGUAAGCAGAAAGGGUAUCUGGAAGAGGAACUGGACUACAGAAAACAGACAUUGGACCAGGCCUAUUUGCAAAUCCAGGAGUUAGAGGCCACACUCUACAAUGCCCUGCAGCAAGACAAGGUGAUCAAGUACGGGGAGCCGCUGGACGAGCUGCAGAAGGACGAGCUGCGGACGUCGGUGGAGAAGCUGAGGAGGCAGAUGCUCAGGAAGAGUCGCGAGUACGACUGCCAGAUCCUCCAGGAGAGGAUGGAGCUGCUGCACCAGGCGCACCAGAGAAUCCGUGACCUGGAAAACAAGACAGACAUCCAGAGGAGACAAAUAAAAGAUUUAGAGGAAAAGUUCCUCUUUCUUUUCUUGUUCUUCUCCCUUGCCUUCAUUCUUUGGCCUUGAAGGAUGUGUGAUUGUGUGAGGUGGUGUGGUACCCUGGAGGAUUUAUUUAUGACUGCCGUAUUUAUUUUUAAUUUUUUUCCGUGGCAAAGUGUGAAAUGUUUUCUCCUGUGUCGUAUCAGUAGUGAUGGCUGUGGGUUCUUUGGUUGUCAGUGGAGGUGAAGUCUGGAUCCACACUAUGGAAGAAGAUAAAGGAGAAUAAUCUUUUUUUUUUUGGAGGGAGAUUUUUCUCUCGCUUCUCUCACACAUUCUCACUUUUGCUGUGGAGGACAGACUUUACGGAACUGCCAUCUCAGAGAGAAAGGGACUAAAAGCAGUUUCAAAGGGUAUGAUGAGAUAUAGACUAUACACAACUGUCUAGCUGCAUGGUUCCCCAUCCAAACACACAUGCACCCACACAGUAUAUAAAUAGUGUGUGUAUGAAGUAUACAUACAUUUAAACACAAACCAGUAUGGGUUAAGUUCUCUCUGCCAUGCAGGGUUAUAAUACACCAUUUAUACCACAUUGCAAGUAUGGAUGAGUAAAUACUAAUUGAUAGCUUGUACUAACCAGUAGAUCACUCUCUCUUGCUCUCUUUAUUUUUGAAGGGUUUCGCAGUAUUCCUUCUCCUCAAAACAUUAAUUAGCCAGCUAAGGACUUGAGACUCGGGCCUCUUCCCCAUGUACAUUGGUACAUCUGAAAACAUGUGGUAUUUGUCCAUACGACUAGAAAGAACUGUUUUUAAAAAAAUUCACCCUGGAAGGAGUUUUCCAGAAACUUUGUUUUCAGUGACAUGAAAUGAAAUGCCGUUGUGGUGUAGCUGAUAAUGGUUCAGUAUGCACAUGGCUAAUAAGCAUAUUGAAUUCACAAUUUGCCUAAACCAAACAAGCUUUGGAUCACAUUAAGUUUAAGAUUGGCAAAGACAUUCCCCUGGCAGCAUGUUGUCCAGUGCUUAUCCCAGUACUCAGUUCCUUGAAAAGCAGUUCCUGGGAAUAAAGAUUCCUAGUCCUAUGGUUGGAAGCACGGCUCUCUGUCCCUUAAGCUUUAUUUAGCCUGCUGCUUGUUGGCACAGUUCUGCCCAAGAUGCCUGAAGCCGGUUGUGGACAACAAGGGGUUCACUGACGAUAACUUGAUGAUCGAAGAUGAAGUUAUGUUGAAUAAAUGAUUACUAAAUGGUAGUUACGGUAAAAUGUUUCUCCUACAUCACAACAGCCUGAAAGGAUUAGGUCCAACAGCAAUCAAGCUUAGCCAAGUAUAGGCUCCAGCUGAUAAGGGGAGCAGCAAACAAUACAUUCUUCAUUGCUUUCCCUAUAUGUAGUCGAGUGUGAUCUUGAGCCAAUACAACAAAAAUGAAUUAAAUAAAACGAGUAGCCAAUAGUUUCGCUAUGGUUACGUCUUGAGGAUUUGCGAUACCCCCUUACUGACUUGGACUUGUCCUUAGCCCUAGUUCAGGUUUCUUAUUAGUCAUAGAACUGUUUUGAUGAUGAUGAUAAGAUUAUGAUUACUUUUUGGUCUUGAUAUUUUACACCUUACAAUCAAUUAUAUUUGGACUCAAAGACUUUAAAUGCCACUAGGAGAACAAAUUAUCCAGACUGAGUACACAGGUUUCGCAGCGCUGAGGAGGGAAAAUAAAAGGGAGUACAAAAAAAAUUAAAAAGAUUGUUGGAGAGAGUGACAAUUGUGUCGCAACGAUGUUUCACUGAUGAUCUAUUGAACCGCAAACUCCGAAUCUGCGGAAGUUCCUCCGUUAAUAUGAAGCUCUGUGCACCCAAACUCUAAUGAUCCUCUUUGCUCUAGAAGAAAAACAAAACACGCAACAUACAAAAAAUAAUCGGGCAGAUUUUAAUCAACUGAAAUAUCUGGUUAGAGUAUGAGUGUGAGAGUGUAUGUGUGUGUGUGUGUGUGAAUAUGAUUUUCAUUUUUUCUACAACCCCUCCUUCCUCCAGUCAGUUAUUGUGAAUAGUAUUGGAGGGGAGCCCUAUUCAUUGCGAUUGUAAUAUAUACAUCUGUUUAUAUGUACAUGUGUCUUGUAGCCUCUCUGCUUUAUUCCUGUGACUAGUUGCACCUCUCUUGUUGACGCCUCCGGUGGCUUGAGCAGUUGACACACUUAGCAGUGGUCGUGUUUUGAUUGUGUUGAUGGCUGCGAAAAGAGGAAAUGUACAUUUCUUUGACCCUAAUGAGUGCAAAAAAACGGGAGUAUUGCCUUUGAACUCUUUGAGUCCCCUUUUAACUGUCCUUAAUCGCUAUGACACAUCCUUUCCCAAUAUUCUGCUAUUUUACCAUGUAAUACUCAUACGGUCCAGCGGUUGGUUUAGUUGUACCUGUAUUUAAUUUCAAGUGAACCCAAGUAUCCUCCUUUUUUGCCGUUUUCAUUUUUACACUUUCCACAUUGUAUUUAUGCCAUUACAUUACAUGGUUUAAUAAUAUAAUGAUACUAAUACUGAGAAA